AUGGAGAGUGGAAAGGAUGAAGCUUCUCAGGCCAAGGGAGCAGUAGCCUCUAUGGACACCCAGGACCAAGGGGCAGAGAAAGGAGCUAAGAACAAGGCAGCUGAGAUAACAGAAGGGCCAGUGUCAGAGCCACCCUCAUCUGGCCCAGGUAGGCUGAGGAAAACUGCCAUGAAACUUUUUGGUGGCAAGAAGGGCAUCUGUACCCUGCCUAGUUUCUUUGGAGGGGGCCGAAGCAAAAGUUCUGGGAAAAGCAUCUCCAAGAAGGGUCUUAGCAAGAGCAAGACCCACGAUGGCCUGACUGAAGCAGCCUGUGGCCCUGAAGACAUUGUCAGUGAAGGAACCAGCUUUGCCUUACUCUUGCCUGAAUCGCCCUGCCAACUUCCCAGUUCCCAGAGUGCCCAUGGGGUUUUGGAGACCGGCUCCAGAUGCAAGACAUCUGCGUCUGGAGCCACAGAGAAAGCUGGGGCUGAGAAGGCUCCCUCUGUGCCCAAGCCAAAGAAAGGCCUGAAAGGUUUUUUCAGCAGUAUCCGCCGUCACCGGAAAAGCAAGGUCUCUGGGGUUGAACAAAGUGAGCUAGGGCCCAAGGGGCCUGAAGGGACCAGAGCCAGGCCUCAUGAAUAUGUGAGCUCAGCCAUUCUGCCCCAUACUGAGGAUAUCCUCCAAGCCCCCAGAAGAGAAAAUGCCAAACCCCAAGAUGCUCCUAGGCCAAAAGUUUCUUUAGUACCAGAGCCUUCUCCAGUAGUCACUGAGAAGACAGCCUGUAAAGAUCCAGAAAAACCCAAGGAGGCCUAUGCCUCAGCACUUCUGCAGCCCAAGCCUGCCUCUGAAGCCAGUGGCCCAGAGGACCCCCACAGUCCAGAAACAGGGGAGAAGGUGGUGGCAGAAGAGGUAAAUCCACCAAAUGGCCCUGUUGGGGACCAGCUAAGCCUCUUGUUUGGGGAUGUCACAUCCCUGAAAAGUUUUGACUCACUGACAGGUUGUGGUGACAUUAUAGCAGAGCAGGACAUGGACAGUAUGACAGACAGCAUGGCCUCUGGAGGCCAGAGGGCCAAUCGAGAUGGGACCAAGCGAAGUUCCUGCCUGGUGACCUACCAAGGAGGUGGGGAGGAGAUGGCUUUGCCAGAUGAUGAUGAUGAGGAAGAGGAGGAGGAGGAGGUGGAAUUAGAGGAGGAAGAAGAGGAUGUCAAGGAGGAAGAAGAAUAUGACUUAGAAUAUCUGUGGGCAAGUGCCCAGAUGUACCCAAGGUCCAAUCUGAAUUUGGGCUACCAUCCCAUCACAUCUCCAGGCCACCAUGGCUACAUGCUUCUUGACUCAGUUCGAUCUUAUCCUGGCUUAGCCCCUGGGGACCUUUUGACUCCUCAGAGUGACCAGCAAGAGUCUGCCCCCAAUAGUGAUGAGGGUUAUUAUGAUUCUACAACACCUGGAUUUGAGGAUGAUUCAGGUGAAGCCUUGGGGCUUGUCCGCAGGGAGUGCCUGCCCCGAGACAGCUACAGUGGAGAUGCCCUGUAUGAGUUCUAUGAGCCAGAUGAUAGUCUUGAGACCUCCCCACCUGUAGAUGACUGUCUUUAUGACCUCCAUGGUCACAACUCUGAGAUAUUUGAUCCCUUCUUGAACUUUGACCCCUUUUCUUCCUCUCGGCCACCUGGGGCAAUGGAGACAGAGGAAGAACGGCUAGUGACCAUCCAGAAACAGUUGUUGUAUUGGGAACUUCGGCGAGAGCAGCUUGAGGCCCGAGAGGCGCAGGAGGCACGUGCCCGAGAAACUCACACCAGGGAGGCCUAUACCCAAGAAACUCAUGCCAGGGAGACCCAUGCCCGAGAAGUUCAUGUCAGAGAGGCUCAAGCCCGAGAGGCCUAUGCCAGGGAAGCCCAGGCCCAAGAGGACCAUGCUCAAGAGGCUCAAGUCCGAGAGGUUCAGACCUGGCAAGAGAAGCCCAUCAUGGAAUAUCAGAUGAGGCCCUUAGGCCCAUCAGUGAUGGGCCUGGUAGCAGGGGUAUCAGGGGCCUCUCAGACUUCCCACCGGGGAACCACCUCAGCUUUCCCUGCCACUGCAAGCAGUGAGCCAGACUGGAGGGACUUCCGUCCUCUGGAGAAGCGUUUUGAGGGAAUCUGCUCCAAGAAGGAUCAAAGUACCUGUCUGAUGCAGCUCUUCCAAAGUGAUGCUAUGUUUGAGCCAGACAUGCAAGAAGCAAACUUUGGAGGAUCUCCCAGGAGGGCCUACCCUACUUAUUCACCACCUGAGGAGCCAGAGGAAGAGGAGGUUGAGAAGGAAGGGAAUGCCACUGUGAGUUUCUCACAGGCCCUUGUGGAGUUCACCAGCAGUGGGAACCUCUUCUCCAGCAUGUCCUGCAGCUCUGACUCUGACUCAUCCUUCACUCAAAACCUCCCUGAACUGCCGCCUAUGGUGACUUUUGAUAUCGCUGAUGUGGAACGGGAUGGGGAAGGCAAGUGUGAAGAGAAUCCUGAGUUCCACAAUGAUGAAGACCUUGCAGCCUCCUUGGAAGCUUUUGAGCUGGGCUACUACCAGAAACACACAUUCAACAACUACCACAGCCGAUUCUACCAAGGUCUGCCCUGGGGUGUGAGCAGUCUCCCUCGCUACUUGGGACUGCCUGGCAUGCACCCUCGGCCUCCACCUGCUGCUAUGGCCCUCAACAGGAGGAGUCGCUCCCUGGACACUGCGGAAACCUUGGAACUGGAGCUCUCCAAUUCCCACCUUGCCCAGGAAUACACAGUGUCUGAUGAGCUUCAGGCUCAGCAGGAAGAUUCAAAUGAAGAAGAGGAGGAGGAAGAAUGGGGCCGAGACAGUCCUUUGUCCCUUUAUACUGAACCACCAGGGGCCUAUGACUGGCCUGCCUGGGCUCCCUGUCCUCUUCCAGUGGGGCCAGGCCCUGCCUGGAUAAGUCCCAGCCAGUUGGAUUGGUCUUCUGGCCAGUCUCCAUAUGGGCAGACAGCCUGUUGCAUACCUCCUGUGGCCAUGUCAAUGUUGCUGUCAGUAUCAGGUCCAGAGCCAAGGGUACCUGGGAUAUCCAGGCCUCAGUUAUCUCGACCUUCACACCUACCCCUGCCCAUGGUCCCUUGUUAUAACCUGCAGCCACAGGCUUCUCAGAGUGUGAGGGCCAGGCCUCAAGAUAUGCUGCUGCCUGUUGAUGAGCCCAGUUGCUCCUCCAGUUCUGGAGGCUUCAGCCCCAGUCCUCUGUCCCAGGCCAAGCCUGUGGGCAUCACUCAUGGCAUCCCUCAGCUGCCCAGGGUCCAGCCUGGUCCCCAGCAGCCUCAACCCAUUCACUACAGGGCUUCCAGCCUUGACCUGUCAAAGGAGAUGGCUGAGCAAGGUGCCUCUCUCCCCCUCUCCACCAGCUACUCCUCCACUGCUGUGAAUGGAAAACUAGCUGAGUAG